GGGCUGGAACGCUAAUUGCGGAAGUUGACUGCGGUUGUUUCAGGCGGAGUGGGUUGGAACGCAUUAGACGGAAGUGAGCGCAGCCGGUUUCUUGUUCGCCGAUAGAAUGGAGAAUCUGUUGAUUUAACUGUGCGACACUGUAUCCAUGGCAACAGUCACUUCCACAGGGACCAAAUGGGAAUCUCCCAGGAACCCACUGAGCCAGUGAUGGGGAACCAGGAUCCAGAUCAGCUGCAUGAGACAAUCCUGACUCUCACACUGGAGAUUAUCUACCUGCUGACUGGAGAGGGCUACAGUGUUACAAAGAAGUCAGGUGAUGACAUGCCCCUCCCACAGAGCUGCACUGACUGUAUGUUGGGAGGAGCCUGCAGGCACCAUGUGACCAGCGCAACGGUGGCCCCUCCCCCUGGCUCCGUCAUACAGAAGGAAAAUGCCAAGAAGAUCCUGGAACUGAUGUCCAACAUCAUCCAGCUGCUGACUGGAGAGGUUGCCAUAAGGUGUGAGGACGUCUCCCUCUAUUUCUCCUUGGAGGAGUGGCAGUAUUUAAAGGGGAACAAGAGCCGUUACAGGGAAGUGAUAAAGGAGAACUGGGAGCAGCUCCUCCCACUGGGUGGUGAAUAUGGAGGUGGGAGAGACAGUGAAUGGGAUGUGGGGGCAGAUGUGCGCAAUGCAAAUAAACCAGACAAGACUGAGGCAGAAGAAGCAGAUUCCUGGGGAGAAGGAAACCCCCCAAACCCUGACAUUUCCCCAACUGAUCCCCAAACACUGACCAACUGUAUCUCUCAUGGGAUUAAGGAGGAAUCAUGGGAAGAGGAAGAACAUUGUGAGUGGAACACUGAUCCCCCUACAGAACAGAUCCAGGGCACAGACCCCCCUACUGACACUGUGGGCUCCCACCUGAAUAUCAGCCAAUCAGAUAAUCAUAGUCCAAGUGGGAUUAAAGAGGAACAGAGAUCAGGCUCAGACCCAACUUCUGAUACCAGGGGGUCCAGCCUAAAUAACAGCCUGUCAGAUUCAAACAGGAUUAAAGAGGAAUCUGACUCAUGGGAAGACUGUACUAAUUGGACCAUGAAUGCCAUUACAGAACCAGGAUCCAGUGUAUAUAGUAACUUGUCAGAACAUUCUAUAUCUCAUACAGUUAGAGGGGAGACGGCUUCAUGGGAUGGAGGGAACCCUUCCGACUGCUCCAUGUAUGUGCUUGUUGGACAGGGAACAGAACCUUCUAGUAAAGUCAUGGGGUCCAACCCAAAGAGCAGUUUGUGCCUAAGUGAUGGAUCUAGUUGUACUAAUGGGGGGCUGACAUCAAAUAAAGGGGCUUCAGACUCCAAGUUUAAUCCUAUGGGAACACCCAGAACUGAUCCCGCUGCCCAUAUUCUGGGCCCAAAGCUCAGAGCGGCAGAUGCCAGUGGUAAUGAGCACAGUCCGUAUGUUAAUAUUCGGGUCCUGGCUACAACUCAGCCGGGGACCCCCAACCCCAAGAUGAUGUACACGUGCAGCACGUGUGAGAAGCCUUUCACUAGCAGAAAGCACUGUGAGCGGCACCAGAGAGUUCACACACGAGAGACCACGUUUCCUUGCACGGAAUGCGGCAAAGUCUUCACCCAGCGGUCGCAUCUGACGGCGCAUUCCCGCAUGCACAGCGGCGACAAUUCCUUUACCUGCUCCCAAUGCGGCAAAUGCUUCUUGUUUCAGAGCGAUCUCAAUCGUCACGUGAUCACUCACACGGGGGAGAAGCCAUUCACGUGCUCCGAGUGUGGCAAACGCUUCGGUCAUUUGUACAGUCUAAAGAGACACCUGAUUGUGCACACGGGCACCAAGCCCUUCUCUUGCACCCAGUGUGGCAAAUGCUUUGGGCACCAGGGCGAUCUGAACAGACACGGGCUCAUCCAUUCUGGCCACAAGCCCUUCUCUUGCACCCGAUGCGGCAAAUGCUUCUGGCUGCAGCGAGAUCUCACUCGCCAUGUAAGAACCCACACGGACCUCUCCCAGGGGCAAAUGAUUGAUCUGGGGCAUUAGCAGACUGAGACUCUGUAAGUGCAAAUCUGUGUGUCUGCCCUAUCUCCAUGCCACCGCUUCUGAGACACCUCUGGGUAAUUACUCCUCACUCCUUUGUGUCUUAUCUGUGUUCUUCUGAGUGUCAGUGGGCGGGGCCUCUUACUGCAUGGGAGGUGCUUCUGAGCUGACAGUGGGGGAUGCCCUCAAGGACAUAGGAGAGGUAGUGCCAGUGCAUUUAGCACUAUCAAAUACCCAUGAUGCUCAACUAUACCUCUUUGCUUGUUCUAGUGUCAGGUGCAAGCUGCUGGUCCCCCUGUUCUUUGGAGCCAGUGCAUUUAGCAGUACCAGAGAACUGUAACAUUGGUGCCCAUAGCUGAUUAUUAUCAUGUACAUAGAGCUGACUCCUCAUAUGGAUAAUGACCAUCACCUGACACGUCUUUGCCCCUGUGCUGCUAUAUGUCAUGUUGCCAGCCCGAGGCCAUAGCAACCACUGGAGCAACCACAAGUUCUGAAUGUUUAUGUGAAAGUGGAGCUGCUCUAGAACAUCCCCGAGCUGGUGAAUGAGGUUGCAGGAGGGCAGCAGCUGGCACACUGGGCACCAACGAGCUGGCACAGCACAAUAGUUAGAGCCACAAGGUGGCCCAGAAUAUGUUGUAAAUAGCUCACCAAGUAGUAGAUGUGCACCAGACCCCCAGCUUUAGGGAGCGGCACGCCAGAAAAUUCAAAGAAAGAACAAGGCUGUCCGACACUCAAUCGUGUGCAACCCAUGAUUUAGUGCCCUUGUGGGUACGAAACGCGUAGGGCGGAUGGAGAUGCAAGUAUAAAUAUUUUAACUUUGUAAAAUAAAGAUAUAUUUUUAAACUUCAACUUUUCUGUUCCUGUGGAUGUGAUUGAGUGCCGGACAGCCCAGUUACUUAAUCAGUUGGGAGGGGCUUAUUCAUCUUGCUUGUAUUUGAUGUCCGUUAUUAAAGGGAUAUUGUUUCGGGAAAACAUUUUUUCAAAAUGUAUCCGUUAAUAGUGCUGCUGUUAAAUAGUGUCUGUUGUUCAAAAGAGCAAACG